GUAUUGAUGUUUGUCAGGUAUCAGUGGUGAUAAAUUAUGAUCCACCGGUUACAUACAUGAAUCAUACUGAGCCCGAUUACGAAACAUACCUGCAUCGGAUUGGUAGGACGGGAAGGUUUGGUAAAGCUGGAAUUGCGAUCAAUUUGAUUUCCGAUGAUUUCGCGUACAAUGUCAUGAAACGUAUCGAAAGCUAUUUUGGUAGGGGAGUUAUGUUGAUAUAAUU